CCACCGCCAUGCCGUCGUCGCCGCUGCGGGUGGCGGUGGUCUGCUCGAGCAACCAGAACCGGAGCAUGGAGGCGCACAACAUCCUUAGCAAACGGGGAUUCAGUGUCCGGUCCUUCGGAACAGGGACUCACGUGAAGCUCCCAGGGCCAGCGCCCGACAAGCCCAACGUUUAUGAUUUCAAAACGACAUAUGAUCAGAUGUACAACGAUCUCCUUAGGAAAGACAAGGAGCUCUACACGCAGAACUGCAGAGACCUGUUUGACCUGAUCCUCACCUGCGAGGAGAGAGUGUACGACCAGGUGGUGGAAGAUCUGAAUUCCCGGGAGCAGGAGACCUGCCAGCCAGUGCACGUGAUCAACGUGGACAUCCAGGACAACCACGAGGAGGCCACACUGGGGGCCUUCCUCAUCUGCGAGCUGUGCCAGUGCAUCCAGCACACGGAGGACAUGGAGAACGAGAUCGAGGAGCUGCUGCAGGAGUUCGAGGAGAAGAGCGGCCGCACCUUCCUGCACACCGUCUGCUUCUACUGAGCCGGCACCCGCCCCACGGCCUCCGCGCUGCCUGUUGUUAAUACUUGUUCCUUCCCACCCGUCCUGACCCCAGGGCUGCUGCCCAAGAUGGUCCCUGCGCUGUACAUAGUUUGGCCCCACAGCUGUCAAGCUCGGUGUCCCGCUCUCGUUACUAGUGUGAAAUUAAAGUGUUUCUUUAAACAAA